AUGACAGAAAGGUACGAUUAAAUCUUAGAGGAAAACGCUAAUUUGAAAAAAGCUUUGUAAUAAGCCAAAUCUGUAAUAGAAAGAACUUCUAAUGACUACGAAACUCUAAAAUAAAUUCACGAAGAAUUUAAAAUACAGCAAGAUAGAUUGAAAAGAGAGAAUGAUGAAUUAAGUGUUAAAGUGAUAUAAUUGAUGAAUGACAAAAAAGAAUUAGAAAUGCAAUUUGAUGCGACAAUCAGAAAUCUGAAAAUUGCAAUUGAUUUAAAAUAAAGGGAAAUAGAAGAGGUUUAAGCCAAGAUAAUUCCUUCUUUUGAUUAAGAUAUGCUGAGAAUAAAAAUUAUUAAUGAAUUAGAAAUACCUCAUAGAAAUCAAUUAGAAGCAAAAUAAGAAGAGCUUGAACGUAUGCAAGAAUAAGUUGACGAAUACAAACGUUAAAUUAACAUUCUCAACUCAAGACUUGAAAUUAUUAACAAAGAUCAUGAAAGAGAUAUUAAAUCAAUUAAAGAACGCCAUCAUCUUGAAGUCAGUGAAUUUAUGAAUGAAAUUAAGCUUGCAAACGAAAAAAUAGAUGAUUAAAAAGAUAAAGAAACUAUUAGAAAGUUAAGAAGAGAAGUUGAUGAAUUAAAGCAAAAAUUCUUCUAAAAAGAUCAAGAAUGUGAAGAGCUUAGAAGAGAAAGAGAUAGAUGCAGAGAAGAAAAAAAUGAAUGUUUGAUCAAAUUUUCUAAACAAGUCGAUAGCGAAAGAAAUGAGAAAAGGAUUUAUAAGGCUGAAAGUGAAAAACUUGCCAUUAGAGUAAGAUUCUUAGAUGAAGAGUCUAAAAAGAAUAAAAUUAAAUUUGAUUCUAUUUUAAGUGACAGUGAAAUUUAAAAAAGAGAAAAGGAAACUCUUUCUGAAGAAGUUAGAAAAAAAGAUGAUCUCAUUCAUCAACUGCAAAGGAGAAUAACAGAGUUAGAAGAUGAGCAUGUCAUCAUAUAAGCUAAGGCAUUCGAGCAAAAUACAAAAGUCUAUAAUGAAGAAAGAGAUAAAUUCUUAGAGGAAAGAAACAGGUCAAUAUAAUUAUAAAAAGAAUUUGAUCAAAUUAAAUAAAGCUAUAAUGAUUUAAAUGAAGAAAAUAAAUAGCUAAGGAAUAAGAUCCAAAAAGAUCUCUCUUAACUUAGACAAGAUAAUAUGACCAUAUCAGAGGAAAGAGAUAAGCUAAGAAGAUAAAAAGAAAUAUUGGAGAAAGAUAAUAUAGAAAAGGACAAAUCAGCUCGCUAAAGAGAAGAAGAAUUGAAUGAAUUAGAAAGAGAAUUAGAAAAUGUUAGAAGAAAGUAUAGAGAAUCAUAAUAACGUAUUUAAAAUCUAGAAAGUAAUGUCGACACUUUAUAACGUUAUAAAUCUUAAAUUGGUGGAAAUGUUGCUGCUACUGCUCCUAUAAUUUAAAAUCCUUCAGCUCCUUCAGAAGAUGUAAAUCAAUUAAAGAAAGAAUUGGAGGCUGAAAAGAAAAAGAAUCAAAAGUUAAAAGAUAAGCUCAAAUAAGCAAAUGAAAAAAUAAUGGAUUUAUUACAAUUUAAACUAAAAAAUUAGGCAUAGCAAACCAAUAAAGUUGGUUUAGAAAAUAGAUAUCCUUAGGUUGAUAAUAAACUUUAAUUUAAUGACAUCAGUAAUAUUUAGCAAUAGUAUUAAUAAUCGCCAUCUGUAUAUCCAUAGAAUGCUAACUAGCCAUUUAACAUGUCUUAUUAAAACACUAGCAUUCCAAAUACGAAUAACCCUCCCUUAUAUUUAGGUUAACUUACAUAUGAAGAUGAAAGAAUUCUUUAAGAAAUAAAUAGAGCUUCAGAUAUGCAUAAAUACAAUUAUUACUGA